AUGUCGGCAAUGCUGGGCCGAGUGCUGGAGGUGACAGACCUGCCCGAGGGCAUCACACGGACAGAGGCCGACAAGCUCUUCACCCAGCUCGCCAUGGCUGGUGCCAAAAUCCAGUGGCUCAAAGAGACUCAGGGGCGCUGUGGAGACGGAGGCGGCGGGGACAACAGCGGGACUCCGGAGAACGGCAGGCACAGUGACCUCGCUGCCUUAUACACCAUCGUGGCCGUGUUCCCCAGCCCGCUGGCUGCCCAGAACGCCUCCCUCCGCCUCAACAACUCCCUCAGCCGCUUCAAGCUGCGUGUGGCCAAAAAGAACUACGACUUGCGGGUGCUGGAGCGUGCCAGCUCACAGCGCCUCCAAUGCGAGAGCAAACAAGACGUGUGCAAAUGCGAGAGCAAACAAGUGUGCCCCAGCACUGCUGCUGCCCUGUGCCAGGGGCCCCCUCCUGAGCCCCAGAAACUUGUCAAUGACAAACCCCACAAGUUCAAAGAUCAUUACUUCAAAAAACCCAAGUUCUGUGAUGUUUGUGCCCGCAUGAUUGUCCUCAACAACAAGUUUGGCCUGAGGUGCAAGAACUGCAAAACCAACAUCCACCACCACUGCCAGUCCUACGUGGAGAUGCAGCGCUGCUUCGGCAAAAUCCCCCCAGGGUUCCGCCGGGCAUACAGCUCGCCCCUCUACAGUGACCAGCAGUACGCCUGCGUCAAGGAGCUGCUCCCAGCCAACAGGAGCGACCCCGUGUUCGAGACCCUGCGGACAGGUGUCAUUAUGGCCAACAAGGAGCGCAAGAAAGGGCAGGACGACAAGAAAAAUCCUUUGGCCGCUAUGAUGGAUGAGGAACCAGAGGCCACAAAGCCAGAAAAAGGCAAAACCGAGAGCGGCGCCUCUGAAGGGGACAAGAAGACUGAGAAAAGCCCAACAGAUGACAAAAGCAAGAAGCCACAGCCAGGGAUUCGUGGUGGCUAUCUGCAGUCUCAUUAUUUUGUGGCACUUUAUCGCUUCAAAGCCCUGGAGAAAGAUGACCUGGAUUUCCCGCCAGGGGAGAAGAUCACGGUGGUCGAUGACUCCAACGAGGAGUGGUGGCGGGGGAAGAUCGGUGAAAAAAUUGGCUACUUCCCUCCAAACUUCAUCAUCCGGGUGCGGGCAGGGGAGCGGGUGCACAAGGUGACACGCUCCUUUGUGGGCAACCGGGAGAUCGGGCAGAUCACGCUCAAGAAGGAUCAGAUCGUGGUGCAGAAGGGUGAGGAGGUGAAUGGUUACGUGAAAGUCUACACUGGCCGCAAAGUGGGGCUCUUCCCUGUGGACUUCCUGCAGGAGAUCUGA